CGAAUGCUAAACCCUACUUGGCGCCUUCUCUUCCCGGGGACUCUGAUUUUCAGACCCAUCGUUUUUUCUUGCCGGCUCGUCACUCACCGCCGCUGCCGCUGCCUCCGCCGCCGUUCGUUGUAGCUGUUAUCUAAAUCUCGUCCUGACAAGUCGUCUCUAGAAGCGCUUGGGGAAGGAGCAAGGCCAUUUAUGGCUUAUUCUCGUGGACAUGACUUCUUGUUUUGCAACUUGUGUGGAACCAUGUUGUCAUUCAGCUCAACGAAAUAUGUCGAGUGUCCUUUGUGCAAGUCUAGGCGAAGUGCAAAAGGGAUCAUCGGCAGAGAAAUAAGUUACACAGUUACUGCUGAGGAAAUUAGAAAGCAGUUGGGAAUUUCAUUGAUUGAUGAAGAGAAAAUGCAGCUAUCAAAGGAAAGGAGGAGAUGUGAGAAAUGUGGGAAUGAUGAAGCUUGGUUUGAGAGCAGACAGAUGAGAUCGGCUGAUGAAGGGCAGACCACCUUUUAUACCUGCACCAAGUGCCAUCAUCAGACCAGAGAGAAUUGAUCCUCCACAUAACAUUAUAAAAUAUGUAUGCUUCACACCAAGUUAGUCUUUUAUUCUUUAGGGGGCAGCAAAGUCUAGUUAGGAUAGCUCCAACGCAUUCCAAAAGCUUAAACGUUGUUCAUUACGACUAUCUUGCUCUAGAUGAAGUGUAAUUUUUUUUUAGUUUUCUGUUUAACAAGUAUGCUUAACCGUUUUUUUUUUGUUUU